UUAGUCUUAUAUUGCCAAACGUGUCAAUCGUUCUCAUAUAAAUCAGUCACAUUUGCUCAAUGAAAUUAUAAAGCGAUCCACGAUCGUAACAAGUCCAGAUUGUAUCGGUGUUCUAUCACGACAAUGUAUAAAGCAAAGGCUUAUUUCACGGGACUGCUCUUAAUUGCCUUUAUCAUCUUGAUGUUUACGAGUGUUGAUAGCAUAUGUACACCCAACCCGUGCAGUAAUGGAGGUACCUGUACUGACUUGGACAAUUUUUACAGCUGCAAGUGUGCCCCAGGAUGGGAAGGAAAGAACUGCACCAAAAACAUCGAUGAGUGUGCUUCUAACCCAUGCAAUAAUGGAGGUAACUGUAUUGACUCGAUCAAUGGGUUUACCUGCAGAUGUAGCCCAGGAUGGCAAGGACCACAAUGCCGCACAAACAUUAAUGAGUGUGCCUCCAAUCCAUGCAAGAAUGGAGGUAUCUGCUCUGACUUGGUCAAUGGGUUUAGCUGCAGGUGUAACCCUGGAUGGGAAGGACAAGAUUGCGGCACAAACAUUAAUGAGUGUGCCUUCAACCCAUGCUAUAAUGGAGGUACCUGCUCUGACUUGGUCAAUGGGUUUAGCUGCAGGUGUAGCCCUGGAUGGCAAGGACAAAAUUGCGCCACAGACAUCGAUGAAUGUGCGUCCAACCCGUGCAAGAAUGGAGGUACCUGUACUAACUUAAUCAAAGCGUUCUUCUGCCAGUGUAUUCCUGGAUAUGAAGGACUUGACUGCAGCAAAGACAUCAAUGUAUGCGCUUCUAAUCCCUGCAAGAAUGGAGGUAACUGUACUGACUUGGUCAAUGGAUUCAGCUGCAAGUGUGCCCAUGGAUGGGAAGGACAGAACUGCACCCAAAGUUUAAGAGCUACAAGGAUCCCUUCUUCAAUGAAUACUGCAAAUGCAAGUAACCAAAGUCCAACAGCAAAGCCAUCGAGUGAGUUGUUUUGCAUGCUUGGUCUUGAUAUCUCAUCCCAGAAUCUGUGGUGGUGCACAAUAGGAACACACUGAAAUAGUUUGCGUGCGUAUGCAGAGGACGAGAGCGAUGGUAAUCGGAAGAGGAGAGGGGUUGGUGGAAAAGGUUUUGAGAUCGAGAAUAUAUAAUUUUCUUGAUAGAAUAAUAGUUAAUAGUUUGUUAUCGAAAGGAGACAAAAUAGUUUUAAAGCAAACCUUAUCUACAUCAUAUAUUUUCAACUCAAACGACAUAAAGCAAGAUCUUUGCUUUAUGGCCGGUUGUCAAAUAGACUGAACUUAUAUUGGAAGCGUGCACUCACUUGUAGACAAGUGGUUGCUGGCUUAGUUCCUAUCAAUCAAAAAAUUGAACACAAUUUUGAAUUCGAUGUUGCGUAUAACUAUUGGGGGUUGACAAAAAAACAUGUGGAUCAUACUUGCAAAUGCUCGAAAGCAUUUGUUGAGUAUGUGACUUGCAUUAAAUGUUUAACAAAUGCAUAGAAGGAGAAAGGGUUUGGCAGGCUAGGUUUUAAGGUAAGUUGCAGCAAACGUAUUGAUCAUAUCCGUUUGACAGUUUUCAUUUCUUUGCGUUUUUAUUUCACUAGCUUUAUUUAUUUAUUUCCUCACACUAUGUCUUUUAUUUCUGUUUCUCUCUCGUCCCUUUUCCCAUAAAACAGAUCAUUCAAAUUAUUCAAAAGGAUUGCAUUGGAUCAGGAGCACUUGGAAUACGAUUGAAAUGCGGUGAUUAGAAAAGAAAAAAAAAGUAUAGCUUAAUAAUGAGCAGGCUUGUUUUAUCAGGUUUAAAACUAUAAGGCGUAGGCUUUCGACCAUGUAUAAAUGGUGUCAAAUUUCACAAGAAAAUCCUGACAGAAAGAUGGCUUCAUUUGCUUCUGUGCGAGUGGUUGGACAGGAUUCAACUGUUAGACAAAUAUCAAUGAGUGUGCAUCUAACCCAUGCAAGAAUGGUGGUACCUGCUUUGAUCUGUUUUAAGAACGAUAAGAAUCCAUACUUCGACAAGAACAGUAAAGUCAAGCAACCAAAGGCCAACGACAAAGACAUCUAGAUUCCCGUGAAGAAAAUACCGUUAACAGGCAACUUUCCAUAGCAACACACCCAUCACCUUCUAUUACUAAUUACAACGUAUUGCAGGACUAGUAUCAAUAAUCAAUAUCGCUAGCCAAUGAAAACUUCCUUGGAGCACUUACUGAAAAUACCAGACGUCAAUGUGUUUUCUGGCCAAGAAUUCAAAGUAAAGCUAAAUUUUACCAGCAAAGAAGCUUUACCAGAAGAAGUUUCCUUUGUCAAAUUGAGGAAUAUAUCUGGUCAACUAAACAUUGAAAUUAUGUUUCUUUAUUAUCAUAAACAUACGGGACUAAUGAGUGGAAGUGUUCACGAUCCUAGAACCUCAUUCAUUGGGGAUUUAUCAUCUGGCCAGCCGUGGUUAAGGUUUCUUGAUGUGAACGUUAAUGACUCGGGCACUUACGGGGUACUAUACAAGAGACCCAAAAAUACGGAAAUCUUUGAAUCUGUGUUUGAAUUGAAUGUCACACAAGCUUCAAAUACUGCGAAGACACCCAAUACUGACAGUGAAGGGAAUACUAUUAACCCACGCGAGAAACAAGAGUCAACUCUUAUUACUCAAGUUAGAGGUUUGUGCUGUCUGUUAAUCUAGAAUAGUUAUAAGAUUAAAAUAAGCAACGAGAAAGGGGAAAGAUAAUGGAUAGAUAAUGGAUAGAUACAAUACGUACCCUACGUUCCUCCUCUUAAUUUCUGCUCGYGACUCCAAGAGGAAAGACAUUAACGUUUGGAAAAAGAACCUUCGCUUUGGCUGCACCGGCACUCUGGAACAAUCUCCCUGAUGCAUGAUGCAAUUAAGUACUCAUGAGUUCAGUUCCAGAGUUUAAAUCUGCACUAAAACACUACCUGUUCACCAGGAGUAACUGACUUUUUUUUUUUUUUUGCAAUUUUUUCCACAAACUUGAUAUCCGUCUGGAUCCUUUUGUAAAAAGCAUCGAGACGUUUGUAUGAUGCGUUUGUUAAGAACUUUAUAUUAUUAUUAUUAUUAAUGGAUGGAAGAAGAAAUAGAUGUGAAGUUGGAUGGAUGGGUAGAGGGAUAGAGGGGUAAAUGAUUGGUUAGCAGGACGGACGGAUCCAUGGGACAGAUGAAGGGACGGACGGGUACAUAUGGAUGAAAGGAUAGUUGAAGACUGGUGGAAUAGCAACGAACCAUGGUUCAGCUUCGGCUUCCCAAGGUACUGGUACUGGUUUACUGCUUCUUGCUGUUGUAGCAAGCACCCUUAUUUAGGYAACGAUUAUAAUCAAUCUUUUGCUUGGGUCGUUUGGUAGUACGGUCGUUUGGUCGUUUGGUCAGUUUCAGCACUCUAAAGCAAACAAUCAAAAAAUCCUUCCAUUAUCACUGAGUUUUUUAUCGACAUUCAACAUUAAAACAUAUUUUGAUUACUUUGUGUGUUCCAGGGCUUAUAAAGUAAAAGAAGGCACAGUAGUAAAUAGAUGUGAUGCGCAUUUAAAUACCACAGCAAUAGUGCUGUAAGACUCGCUUUUUUUGGAACACAGACUAAUAGCACAUCACGAAUAUCUUCGUUACCAAAUUACAGUGUGUGCAACCACGUAACUCUCAAUUCCUUGAGAUAUGAAUAACAAUAAUACAGCCGCCAUGUUGGUUGAUCUAACAAGAGAAGCUAAUGAGUAAUGCUUUGGUAUCGAUCGUCAGCAAAGAUGGUGGUUAUGAUGUAACUUGCACAURCUCUAAUUGCACAUCCGUGUAGUUAACUUGAACAGCCAUGAUCAUAUGUGACUUAGUGCAACACGUGACCGGAAGUUACACCGGCAUGUACCAAACAGUCAAGGUCAAAACGAUUAAUAUGAAGAGACUGUGGAAAGAUUAAAUAGAAAGUUUGACCAAAACAUACUACAUUCCCCAUUGUUAACGGUAUAUGCAAUUGCUUUACAGCAUCCUUAAAUGCUGUGCUAAGGCUCAGGUCAAAGUCUAGGGCAGUCUUCUUUGAUGACAUUAUUUUGGGCUAAAGUGCUCUAUUGCAUAAACAUUGUCGGUUACAUUUAACACAGAAGCUGAGACCUAGAUGAUACGACUCGAGAAAUUUAACAGAAAACCGAGCAUUGAGGCUUGUAACACACAUUUCAUACCGACUGUGUGUCUCAAAUGAAGUUAACCGUAGACAAUUAGGUUUUUUUUUUCAAGAAUACCUUUCGAGCUCAGAUCCUAUGUUCUAUGUUUGAACCCUACAAUGACUUUAAAAUGCAUGGACACUUCCCAAAAGUAUCUUUGUUGCGAGGCUAAAACUGAAUACAAAUAAAUCACACUUUCCUCGAUGAAAUUUGUGGAAUUAGUUAUUUUAUAUUUUUAAUUGCAAUUUAAGGCAAUUUUAAGAAGCGUCCAUUGAUUGUAAAGGAUAGAAUGUAACCCGCUAAUGCCUGUGGUCAACUCUGUUGCCAAAAAUAAACGUUGUGCUGAUCUUACAAA